CGGCGUUUGAACAACUUUGAUGUAGAGCAAGGACCACGCGAAGACGGCUGAAGAAACCCUUCAUUCAAAAAUGGCUGCCGGGAAUUUUGUAGUUGUGAGAAGAACAAUAUCGCAAACCAUUGUUCCGUUGAAGGAAGUGGAAGAACGAUUGUUGCUGAAGAGAUCAAAAGCAAAAAGUACAAGCCUCGGGUUUAGUUCUACAAACAAUGUCGCUCGAUGUGGCGUGAAUAAUACACAGGACACAAAGAAGACGCAGAGAUCAUUGGGUCUAGAAAGAAGCCGAUCAGAAGUUUGCUUGCGUAGGAAGAAUUAUGUUCGUGAUAUUUCGCUGGAUGUUUUUGAAGAACGAAGAGACGAAGGGUUGGUGAAACCGGUUGUACGAAGACGAGACGCAUCUCAAAGAAAAGUAAAUACCGCCAGGCCGCAAUCGGACUUCUUUCCCGAAUUCACAGUCGAAAGUAAAAGAACGGAACGAGAUCGUCGGAGUGUCGAUGAAAAAACAGCAGUUGAUCUGUCACAAGAUCCCGGAAAACGUUUGGGGCGAUGUAUCGCUACGUUAAGACGUGAAAUGAUGUCGCUACGCAAGCAAGAUCAGGCAUUGUUAACACAGCUGACAUCACUUAACCAACAUAUCCAAGAUCUCAAGGUAAUCGCCGCUGCACAAGGGGGUAUAUUCGGAGCAAACGACGAACACGAAGACUCGCCUGAAAAAUCCCUGACAAACCCUUGUAGUCCUAACAAGGAUACUCUCAUCAAUGGAAGAACGCGCACAAAACAGGAGCGAGAGAAGAGCUUUGAAACUCGCAAGAAAGAGCCGCUUUCAAAACCCCUAAAAAAUGAGCAACAAAAUUCGAGCAAGAAGAUAAAGAAUGGCGUUCAUGGACUACAAGAGACAUCCUUCGAGUACGUCGAAGCCCCCCGCGAUACUUCAACACCGAGACAAGUCCGUCCAAAGGCGAAUGCAAGCCGAUCACAAUCGACGACGAUUGUCGAUGUUUCUCGCAAGAGAGUUGCAUCUCUGCAGAGGUUGGAGAGAAGAUCGUUGAGUUGCCAACUUUUAGAUUCUGGACGGCAGGAUAAAGUUGUUGAAGGAAAAAACACACGAAAGACAUCAGAGCCUGCACGGAAAGAACGUCCUUUGUCACAAAUAGACGCUGACGUGAGCAAACAGGCAAAAGAUGUCAACAUCCGGCAAAAGUCUUUAUCUUUAUCCACAUUACGACAUGUGACGAAGACCACGGAAGGGUCGACGAGUGACAGCGAGUGUUCGACAUCGGGAUGUUACGGAGGCUCGUCGACAGGGAGCGACGUCGAAUUAGAGCGAGGGGUGGGAUGCUUCAACGCAAAAGGCUCAAUUGAAUGCAGAGAAAAACUCGAUAAAGUUUUCGAACUAAACAGUCUAAACUUACAACCUCUUGGGAAAAGAUACCUGGCGUUGAAUGAACAAACACAUUUUCGGAAAAAGAUUGUUUCAGUUUAAGACUUCACUUACUCUAGAAAUAUUAAGGUUGAUCUGUUUAAUUCGUUGAUGAACAAAAAAAUUAUAUUAAGAAAAGAUGAACCAGUCGAGGAAAGAUUGAACUAGAUGAUAUUCAGUAUAUGAAUGUCAUCCAUUCUGACCUCGGAAGUAAAUUAUUUUUGCCCAUAUUUAGUCUUACAUAGGAAUUAAUUUUAGUUGCGUAUAGAUUUGAUUUUUUAUUGAACUUUACUUAAAGUAUACGCUAUCUUAAUUAUUGAUUGUUAUUGUGACAUCCAUCAUGCAAAGCGCGUACAGUGGAUGAGUUAUGCAGACUCCAGUUUUAUAGUCCUUCGUCAGAUUCAUGAAUAUCAGUUCAUGAUAACUCCAGGUUUUUGUUGUUACUUUUUUAUGUCACCCACACGUGUAGUUAUCUAAUUGGUCAAUCAUUAGGGCGCAGUAACAAGGGAAAGUCCCUAGAAAGGAAAGACAAGUGAAUCAAAAUGAUGUAAUGGAUAGUGUUUCUUAAGAUAGCCAUUACAGUUGAAUGUU